GGCCGCGCUCGCAGCCAGAUUGGCUCCGGCUCCCGGCCCCCCGAGAUGGCCCAGCCCUUCGGCGGCCAUGGGGGCGGCCUUGGCGCGCCGAGCUUCGGCGCGCCCGUCGCCGCCACCAGCAAGGCGUCGAUGCCCGGCCCGAUGGUCGGCGGCACCGUCCCGAUGCUCCUCGCGCCGCCCCCGCUUCUGCCGGCCGUCGGGGCGUCGGUGCCGCAGCUGCUGCCAGGCAAGGAGAUGUGCGGGGACUUCCGCAGGGGCGUCUGCCUGCGCGGCGACCGCUGCAAGUACUCGCACGGGCAGGCUGCCAACGGCGCCGCUGCAGGCGGCGCCGCCACCGCCGCGCUGCUCUCCAGCCUGGCCGGCGCGCUGGCGGGGGCGCUGGGGCCGUCCGCCGGCGGCGGUGGGCCGUCGCCGUCCAGGCCGGCCGGGCCUGGGCCGCUGCUCCCCGGCCUGCAGCUCGGCGGCGCCAGGCCGCCCUCGGCCCUCGGGGCGGCCAUGCAGCUGCAGCAGAUGCAGCUGCCUCGCGGGGUCAUGCCCAUGCUGCCGCUCGGGCAGCUUGCCGCGCCGGAGCCCAGACAGGCUGGGUGCUGGCUAUUUGUGCGUGCCGUCAUGCGCGGAGGAGACUGCACGGAGUGGAGGGGAGAUGGCCGAAGUGAGCUCGGCACGAGCGGGGGCGAUGAUUGGCAGCAGUUCUGGGCAGAAUUCGCAGUCGGCCUCGGGGCGACCGCGGUCCACUUGGAGGGGAGCGCUGGCUUUCCAACAGCAGCGGUUGGCGCUCGUAGGGGCCAGAUGUAG